AGUGUCGUUUUUUUUUGUGUCAAACAGACGCCCCUCUUCAAGCAGAAACUCAGACUGUGAGACAGUAAAAAAAAAAGUCAACUAUGUUUCUCACGGUUGACUGGAGCCGCAUUACCCCGGCUGGUGCACCGCAGCUCAGCUGUACACUGUAACCUGCAGCGGCGGAUUGAUAUAUAUAUAUUAUAGCAGCUGAAAACAACCCAAGAAACAUACUGAACAGCCGUGUGAAACCACCAUGGCGUGCUUUGGUUUCUCAAGUAGUCGCAUAAAUAGGUUAGUGAGGUGGAGCAAGAAGGGGGGGCUUCUAAGGCCACGGUGAAACCAGGGAGUUUCCUGCGUCUAGGUCUGGUCACAGGUAGAGGCUGGGCGGGUAAACCUGCUCUGGAGCUCCACAGGACAGACUACUAAUAAAGUUGAUGUUUCCUCACCGGGCGCCCCCAGGGUCGCUUUCAAGCCUGACCGCCGACAGCUCGCCACCUCUGUCAGCCUCUUGAGCGAGCCAAUCGACCGCCUCUAGCUCGACAACACCGUGCACACGAUUCCGCCGUGUCUGCCGGCGGUCCAGCCGAGCAGCCUCUGCGUUGCCCCGAGCCCAGCUGCCUGGGCAGGACUGCAUCAACAUGGACACAGAGUCCACCUACUCGGGCUAUUCCUACUACUCCGGACGCUCCCGGGGAUCCCACAGGCAUGGGGAGCGAAGCCGGGACCGCCACAAGUCCCGCAAUAAAGACAGCCGCUCAGAGAAGUCGGUAACAAUCAACACGCCGCCCGCAGAGCCGCUGCUGGGCGACUCGGCUGUUCGGGGUGAGCAGAUCCAGGAUGACAACUGGGGCGAGACCACCACGGCCGUCACGGGCACGUCGGAGCACAGCCUCUCCCAGGAGGACAUCGUCCGCAUCACUAAGGACCUGGAGGACAGCGUGGGGCUGGACUGCCGCCGCUACUUCACCCUGACGCUGGCCGUGAUCCUGGGUCUGCUGGUGUUCCUGACGCCGCUCGCCUUCCUGGUGCUGCCCCACCUCCUCUGGCCCGAGAGGCUGCAGAGCUGCGGCACGGCCUGCGAGGGCCUUUUCAUCUCCGUGGCCUUCAAGCUGCUCAUACUGCUGCUGGCCGUGUGGGCGCUGUUCUUCAGGCCGCCGCGGGCUGGCCUCCCGCGGGUCUUCGUUUUCCGGGCGCUGCUCGCCGUGCUGGUGUUGCUCUUCGUGAUCUCCUAUUGGCUGUUCUACGGAGUGAGAAUACUCGACACACAGGACGAGAACUACCAGGGCAUCGUGCAGUACGCCGUGUCGCUGGUGGACGCCCUGCUCUUCAUCCACUACCUGGCCAUCGUCCUGCUGGAGCUGCGGCAGCUCCAGCCGUGCUUCUCCGUGUGCGUCACGCGCUCCACAGACGGCGAGAUGAGGCACUACAACCUGGGACAGCUCAGCAUUCAGCGGGCGGCUCUGGCCAUCGUAGAGCACUACUACUGCGACUUCCCGGUCCACAACCCGGCGCUGCUCUCCGCCUCCAAGUCCCGCGCAGCCAAACACCUGGCCGGCCUCAAGGUCUACAACGUGGAUGGUGAGUUCCCAGCAGCCCCCGCUGAGGGUCCGGGGAACAAUGCAGCAGCAGGAAUGGCCCACUCCCAGUCCAGAGCCAUGAUCGCCGCCGCUGCCCGACGCAGAGACACCAGCCACAACGAGAUGUACUACGAGGAGGCGGAGCACGAGAGGCGCGUUCGCAAGCGCAAAGCACGACUGGUGGUGGCAGUAGAGGAGGCGUUCACACAUAUCAAGCGCAUGCAGGAGGAGGAGCAGAAGAAGGCUCCGGUGGAAGUGAUGGACCCCCGAGAGGCGGCGCAGGCCAUCUUCCCCUCCAUGGCUCGCGCCCUGCAGAAGUACCUGAGGACCACCAAGCAGCAGCACUGCCACAGCAUGGAGAGCAUCCAGCAGCACCUGGCCUUCUGCAUCACCAACAACAUGACGCCCAAGGCGUUCCUGGAGAGCUACCUGGCCCCCGGUCCCACCCUGCAGUACAGCCGGGACCACUGGCUGGCUCGCCAGUGGACGCUAAUCAGCGAGACGUCGGUCACCAGCGGCCUGAGAGACGGCUCCAUCUUCCUGCUCAAGUGCGCGGACUUCAACCUGGUGGUGACGACGAAGAAGAUCCCUUACAUCCAGAUGUCGGAGGAGUACAUCGACCCUAAGUCACACAAGUUCGUCCUGCGGCUACAGUCCGAAACCUCUGUGUAGGACUCCAAACUUUUUUUUUUAUUCCUCACCCUGUUUUGUUGCUCUCAUUUUGGGUUUGCAGUUUUUAUUUGUACUUUUUUGGAUUUUUUUAUAUACGAUUCUAUAUAUUACACUCAUGUUUGAAUAUAUUGAUCUUUUUUUAUGUUUGAUUUGGAUGAAAAUCAAAAGAAAGAAGGCGGUUUGACGCCUCGGACGUGGUUGUGUGCACAUACAGUAUGCGUGAGUGUGUGUACGCACGUGUGUCAACGCAAUCACUCGUUCCUUUUUCUGUUUGAGAUGCUGGAGCCAAACAAGAUGGGAACAACACAGAGACUCUGUUGUCUCGGUUACUCCUUUAUUUCCAUGGGACAGACAGACAAACCACUAAGGACUGCGAUGGUGUGACUUGGAUUUAGGUAUUUGAAGCCUCACGGAAACACGUGACAGAUAUCCUGCCUGUGUUGCUGUCCUCGGAUGCUCUUUUGGACGUCAACGGAUUGAGAAUUAAACGGAUUUCUUUCUCUCCAAAACCAAAUUAAAUGCAUUUGACAAAAAAAACAAUCAGACUUUGCAUUAAAUGCACAUUUAUGUAUGUUUAUAAAUUAAAAGAAUACGCCUAAAAAGGAUGGAACACAUGAUCUCCGCCUGCUCAAAAAGGAUGUUUUCCUCUCCACAAUCUCAUCACUACUUCCAUCGAGCUCCGGACAAACCCCUUUCUUGCCAGUUGAGAUGUCAAGACUCCAGCCUGAGGCGUACAGUAGCCCCCCUGGGUGCUAAUCCUGGGACGCUUUGAGCUGUUACGGUGCACGAUUCUUCUCCAGGUUCAACGGAGCAAGAUCAGAAAUAUUUCCACAUCAGUUGGGAACAACACACACACGCCACGUUAAACAGCGGGGCGAACUCGCCAUGAUCCGGAUCAUAAGAGACGCUGGAUGCACGCCCAAAAAACGUUUGCCCUGCUGCCUCAUCGGUUCAGUGACCUUCUCAGGGCUUACAUGUCUGCCGUAUCGGCCUGACGUGAUGGAAAGGGAAGGUAGUGAGGAGGAGAGACAGAGCCACGAUGUCACAGAUAAAAAGUACUACUGAUUACUCCAAACCAGAAUCCCCCCUUCUGUGGGUUAUACAGCAGAACAUCUAAAUACCGUAAAUCCUCAUGUUAAAGCCGGUGUUAAAUUAAGCUUAGCCAGCUUGAACAAGUAAAGGUCGCUCGCUAAUAAAGCCCAGGUAAAAUAUAUUGACGGGGUGGAAUUAUGGCUGAAUAAAGGCCGCUAUUUGAGGAUUUACGGUAUUUAAAGAAGGAUUUCAUCUUUCCGGUCUCACAGGGUUUCACUAGAAUACAUAAUAGAGCCAACAGAAUGUAUCAAUAGUGUGUCACUGCAGCAGGGCGGAACCUCCUUCCCAACUGGACCGUCUGGUUUUCCUUUGCUACCUGGUCCCACCUGUGUUAUCUCACAAACGUGCUCACAGUGAAUCCCUCCAGGUCAGAGGGGAUUUUUCUAAUUAUUUCUUUCCCCCUGAUGAAUCAGCGUGUCUUCUAACACCAGAAAAAUACAUUUAAAUGAAGCUAACGGCACUAAAAAUGACACUUUUUUAGAUCACGAACACUCUGAUUCGGCAAAUUCAUACUGUGUAACUCACUCAAGAAGGAAACUAUGUCAUACUGAUAAUAUCUUGUGUGGCUAUGAGCAGGGUUGUCCCCUACUGCCCCCUGGCUGGUAACCAUAAUAGUGCCAGUUUGUCUGCCUGAGGGCUACAGCAACAUGUUUUCAUAUAAAAACACAAACAUACUGUUCAUUCUUUAAAAAAAUUGCUGUUAAAUCACCUGGGAAGAACUCAAGAAACACAUUUUUGCUGUUUCCUGCAAACAGCAAACGUCUCUUUUGGAACGCCUGCCACUGGUCACAUGUUGUACCCACUGACAGGUGAACUUUGUAUGAUCCCAAUAUGACUGUGCCUCCUGUUUUUACACUGUAUCUAUUUAUGUAAACGAGCAUGUGUGUAUGUAUGUAUGUAUGUAUGCCAUUCCAGUUCACACGACCAGCCUCCCACAUCACUACCGUCUGUCACGCUGUUGCCAGGUUACAGUCCUCCGUCAUGGUAUGGUUUUUUGUCGGACAGGUCGAUGAUGAUGAUGAUGAUGCAAUGUUUCAAGUUUCACAGCAUUAGCAUUUGUAACAAAAAAAUAAAAUGUAAAACUGCUGUAUGGGAUCGUAUUGGGCAGAAAUUCCACCUUGGACACGUGAAAACAAAUGA